GGAAGAAAAGAUAAAUUUGGAACGAACAAAGCAUCAGUACUUAUUCUUCAUUGAAAAAGUGGAAGAAAAGAAAAAAAAUUGGAAACAAAUAAUGCAUCAGUAUUUAUUUUAUUCCCUUCACAUUCACACUCAUUCCAUCUAUUUCCUCCCAGUGUUUCACAACGUAAUUCUAUACUUUCUGUUUUCUUUCUGCUAACCCAUCAUAUUUACAAUAUAAUUUACGGAAAAGGAAUGUUUGGAAAUGAAGCUAGGAGAGUAGUAGCAUGGAUGAAUGGGUGCGAAGGAGACCCCAAACUCCCUGUAGGCAGCAUAGAGACACGCACAUUAACUGUCGUUCCAUCUCCAUCAAAGGCGAUGGAGAGGUUGAAUGUAGCCAUUAGAGAGUUGAAAUGCAGCCCUCCUCCUCUUACCUCUGGCAUUCUUCGACUUCAGGUACCGAUCGAGGAGCAAAUCGAAGCAAUCGAGUGGCUUCAUGCUCAACAUGAUAAUCUUCCACGUUGUUUCUUCUCUGGUAGAAGAAGCAGAGCCAAUAGAAAUGGUUUCAAUCUCUUGAUGGACAUAGGUAAUGAAAAUGGCGACACCUCUUUUACCAAUAAUCUUGUUGGUGUCGCCGGUGUCGGCUCAGCGGUAUUCUUUCAACAACUUCAUCCUUUCUCAUAUCACGAUUGGAGGUCCAUUAAGAGGUUUCUGUCUCCAAAGUGCCCUUUGAUUCGUGCAUAUGGAGCAAUUCGUUUCGAUGCGACGGCUAAUAUAUCACCUGAAUGGAAGGCGUUCGGUUCAUUUUGCUUUAUGGUCCCUCAGGUUGAGUUUGAUGAGCUUGAAGGAAGUUCAAUGCUUGCCACAACGAUUGCAUGGGACAAUGCCCUUUCAUGGACUUGGGAUGAAGCCAUUCGUUCACUUGAAACCACAAUGCAACAGAUUGCUUCAGUUGUUGUAAAGUUGAAGAAAGAAGCUUCUGGAGAAUCCAUCCUCAGUAAAACUCAUGUUCCCAAUAAGACACAUUGGGAUCUUGCUGUAAAGAAAGCUUUGCAGGCAAUAAACACAAGCACCUCAGAGCUCGUUAAGGUUGUGCUUGCCCGUAGCAGCAGGAUUUUAACUGCUACAAAUAUCGAUCCUAUAGCUUGGUUGGCUUGUCUGCAGGUUGAAGGAGAAGAUGCAUACCAGUUUUGUCUUCAGCCACCUAAUGGACCCGCAUUUGUGGGAAAUACACCAGAGCUACUAUUUCACAGAAAAUGGCUAAGCAUUAGUAGUGAGGCACUGGCUGCAACCCGUGCUAGAGGUGAAUCCAGAGCGCUUGAUCUUCAAAUAGAGCAUGAUCUACUUUCCAGUCCCAAGGACCACCUGGAAUUUACUGUAGUACGAGAAAACAUACAAAACAAAUUAGAGUCUGUAUGUGAUAGAGUUGUUGUUGAGCCGAAGAAAACAGUACGAAAACUUCCAAGAAUUCAACAUUUAUAUGCCCAGUUGACUGGUAACCUGAGAAAGGAAGAUGAUGAGUUUGAGAUCUUGUCUUCUCUCCACCCAACUCCAGCGGUUUGUGGACUUCCAAAAGAAGCUGCACGCCUCUUCAUUUCAGAAACUGAAAUGUUUGACCGAGGGAUGUAUGCUGGACCAGUUGGUUGGUUUGGAGGAGGAGAAAGUGAGUUUGCAGUUGGUAUAAGGUCAGCAUUAGUGGAAAAGGAUUCUGGAGCAUUGAUAUAUGCCGGAGCUGGGAUAGUAGAAGGCAGCAAUCCCUCGUCAGAAUGGGAUGAACUAGAACUCAAGACAUCUCAGUGCACCAAGUUGCUUCAACUGGAGGUUCCCCGGCAUUCAAACGUUGAGAAUUUGGAAAUCAUUUAUUAACAAGGUUAGUGAUUUAGGGUAGAAAUAUAUGAUUCAGCACGUCUGGAGAUUUGGUUUCUUUUUGUUUAUCAAUAAACAAGUUUUUAAAAUUUGUGUGAAUAAUGGAAUCAAAGCACUUAAAGUUUGAUUUUCUUUCAUAA